UUUGAUGGCAAAAUGGCGUCUUGUAAGGAUGUCCUGUUGUAUUUUCACAUUUAUCAAUUUGAUAAUUAUGUAUAAACAUAAACUAAUCGUUUGUUAACAACUAGUUUCACGUUAUAUUAAAUAUAAUAAAUCAAAGCUUCAAAAUGGAUGCGGUAAAAUCAUUUAACCAAGAGCUUUCGUCGCUCUAUGAGGUGAAACCUCCAAUAUCCAAAGCAAAGAUGACUGCCCUAACCCGAGGAGCCAUCAAAGCCAUUAAGUUUUAUAAACAUGUAGUGCAGAGUGUUGAAAAGUUCAUUUUAAAGUGCAAACCUGAAUAUAAAGUGCCUGGACUCUAUGUAAUAGACUCGAUAGUGAGACAGUCAAGACAUCAAUUUGGACCUGAUAAGGAUGUUUUUGCACCCCGGUUCUCGAAGAACAUACAGCAGACGUUCAUUAAUUUGUUUAAAUGCCCUCCUGAGGACAAAAGCAAGAUCAUCAGAGUGCUGAAUCUGUGGCAAAGAAACCAAGUGUUCCCUCCCGAGGUGAUCCAACCGCUGUUCGAUCUCGCCGACCCGAACAAUCCCAUCUACAAGGAGAUGAAUGCUCAGAUGCAGGCGACCAACGGUCUUAGCGUGCAGAAUGUUGCCAUGGCCAAAGGUUCGCCAGCAUUGCAACGUACACCAACCAAAGGAGGUCAGCAGUCAGGAGAUAACAACCACGGAUCAGCCGGUUUGAAUUUGGCGGAUCCAAACGUACUUCAGCAGUUACAGCAGCUUCAGCGUUUGUUGACGAAAAGUACAGACGCGUCAAGGGCUGAGAGUCAAGUUCAUUUCGACAAGAAGUUGCUCGAUUUUGAUUAUGGCGACGACGAGGAUGAAAACAAUUCGCCGCGUCAACCGAAUCCCAAUGAUUCCGUUUCAAGUCUUUUGACCAACCCCGAGGUAUUGAGACAGUUGCAAACACUCCAGCAAACAAUGGCUAGUGCACAACAUGCAGACAUGGAUGUGGAGAAAAUGCGACGGAUGCAAGAAAUGAAGCAGCAGGAGGAGGAAUUUGAUAAACAUCUUGCUCAGACAGUUCCUAAUCUUCCGUUUGCAUCUGAAUGUGAUUUUAAAGCGAUGAGUGUCCAAAUGAACAGUGGAAGCUACUAUACCGACCUAUCGGCCAAUCCUCCAAUGCCGCACGAUAUGGGCGGAUAUGAACCUCAGCCACCGCCACCGCUUCCUCAAUCAAAGAACAACGAGAUUGAAGUCAUCACUUUGGAUCAUGAUGAUUCAAGAUCCGGAACUCCAACCGAGGACCGCUACUUGAGCAAACGAAAGCGUAGCAGGUCCCCUUCGCGCGAUCGACGCGGCAGAGACAGGGACAGAGACAGAGAUCGUAAGCGCUCGAGAUCCAGAUCCAAAGGUAGACGCCACAGGUCCAGGUCGAGAUCACGAGACAGAGACAGGGACAGGGAUCGUAGGAAAGAUAAAGAGAAGGAGAAGGACAAAGAGAAGAAAGAAGAGACCGAGAGGGAUCGAGAAAGGAAGAAGCGUGGAUUGCCUGCCAUCAAGAAGGAUCAUCUGAGCAUCUGCAGCACUACGUUGUGGGUAGGGCACCUGUCCAGGUUGGUCCAUCAGGACGAUCUGUCGAACACGUUUGGAGAGUUCGGCGAUGUUGUCAGCAUCGAUUUGAUCCCGCCUAGAGGAUGCGCGUUCAUCGUUAUGCUGCGCAGGCAAGAUGCUGCGAGGUGUCUAGCGAAGCUGAAGGGGCACGUGCUGCAUGCUAAAGCGAUCACUCUUGCAUGGGCGCCCGGCAAAGGUGUCAAAGGCAAGGACUUGAAAGAUUACUGGGAAGGCGAUUUGGGCGUUUCUUACGUACCGUACAGCAAACUCAAGGAGGACAUGGACAUAGAUAUGCUGGAAGAAGGUGGUAUGAUUGACGAAGAUACGAUGCCGCAAUGGAUGAAAGACAAGGUUGAGAAGAUGGGAAGAAAGCCGUCUAAACAGGAAAUGCCUGGAUUCUUGUUGGCAGCUGACUUGUCGAAUGCUGCUGUAGACACAAGUCAGCCGCCGCCAAUGCCUCCUGCUGCUGCUGCUGGAUUGCUGCAACCACCGAUGAUGCCUCUGGUCAACCCGUUCCAGUUUGGUAAUAGAUUAUUGGGCAUGAACAUGAUGGGCAACAUGCCGCCGAACAUCCCUCUGGGCGUGCCGCCUCCGAACGUGCCCGGAGCGACGGCCGCCGCCGCGAUGAUGCUCGGGCUGAGCAACCCGUUCCAGACGUUGCCGCCUCAGUUACCGCCCCCGACGAUCGACACCACGGCCAAACCGCCCCCAGUCGCCGGAGCGCCGCCUCCCGGCGACCUGAAGUCGCUCAGCGAGAGCCUGAUGAACAUAACGCAGGGCUUCGGGAACACGAGCGUGCCGCCUCCGAGCGUCCCUGCAGGCGGAAACAUGGUGCCGCCGCCGCAGAUGAACGAGGACGCAAUGGAUGUCGAGAUGGAGGAUGCUGAUAAUAGAUCGGUGAAUAAUGCUGAUCCCAGAACCAACUCGAUCAGCGGCAGGAACAACAGAGACGAUGAGAGACGAGAUCGCAGCAGAGAUGACAGAGAUAAAAAGGACGAUAGAGACAGGCGAGGAGGAGACGAUAGGGACGCCAGGGGUAGACGUGACAGGAGCAGGGAAAGAGACCGCAAUAAAGACACUAGACGGGACAGCAGAGACAGAGACAGGAGAGACAGAGGACGUGAUAGAGACAGAGAUACAGGUCGCGACAGAGACGCCGGGCGAGAUAGAGACAUGGGUCGAGACAGAGAUGCCGGACGCGAUAGAGACAGGCGUGGCGAUAGAAAUGACCGUAGAGACAGGAGCGGAGAUAGAGGCAACCGCUGGGGAGGGGAUAGAGACAGGCGUGAUGCAGGCGGUAAGGACGACAGACGGGAUCGUGAGAAGAACCUGAACGAUAGGCUGCGCGAGAUGGCAGGAGGUUAUGAUGAUGGCAGAAACAGAGACAAGUCGGCCGACAGGCGACCAGGAGGGUAUCCGGAUGACGUGAGAGGAGGACCACCGCGAGGUGGAGCUGCAUCUCAAUCCUCCAGGCGUGAUUACCCUGAUUUCAAGCAGCCUCCACCGGACACGCCUAAGAAAGAGCUCGCAAAGCCAGACCCUCGCGGCAAAGAAGAUGAGCUCGAACGCAAAGCAGAAUGCGUCAAAAAAGACGACGAAGAAGCGAUUCAGGCAGAGCGGCGCGAAGACGUCGUUUCACAGAACAUGGAUAUGAUGUUUAGAGGCGCCGAUAUGAUCAUGGAUGGACGACAUCCAGAUCCUUUGAUGACAGAACCGCCCCCAGGCGACUUGAUGCGCCCGCGAGAACGUCCGCCGUUCGACGAUUUGCCGCCGCCGAGGAACGAGAUUGGUUUGCUGGGUCGACCGCCACCGGACGGUUUCAUGGGGGGCGUAGAGGGAGAGCCGCCGUUGUUGCCUCCGCCGCCGCACAUGCGCUUCAAUCCGCCGCCUACGGCGAUGUUCGAUGGCAGGCCGCCGCCCCCGCUGUUCGACGGGCCUCCGAUGAUGGGCGACGACAUGCCGAUGAUGAUGCCACCCGAUAUGAUGGACGGUCCCCCAGACAUGCACAUGCCACCGCGCAUGCCGUUCGGCAGAGGCGGCUGGCGUGGUCGCGGAGGCGGCGAUUUCGGACCGAGAGGGCCACCGCCGGACUUCUUUCCGCCAGUAGGCGGGAGGGACGAGUUUGAAGAUGAUUUCAGGGGUGAAUUCGACGGUCCGCCGUCGCUGAUGCGGGGCGGAUUCAGGCCGCCGAGAGGGAUGCGCGGAGGGCCGCCGGGCAGAUUCAACGGCCCCCCGCCUCUGAUGAGGGGCGGCCGAGGCGGUAGAGGAGGUCACUUCAGAGAUGGGCCCAACUUCAACCCGCGUUUCGAGUUUGAGGGUCCCCCACCGGAAUUCUUUCGCGGUAUGGGACCUGGGCCCAGAAUGAGGGAGCCGCCAAUGUUUGAGGAUGGCCCGCCUGGCAUGAGACACCGCGGAGGACCCAGAUUUGAAAAUGAUAGACGACCACCCAGGCACGAAUUUGAAGAUGAAGAACCAAGGGAGAGGUUCAGAGAUCGUAGAAGUCGUUGGGGUUCGCACUCUCCCGGCCAGAUGGACGAACCACCCCACCAUAUGGGCGCUGAUGAACCGUUCAGAGAUCCAGGGUCGCAUCAUGAACCUCCUGGUGACGAACCUCAACGUGACGACCAACCACCGGCGAUGGGCAUCAGUGAUGAUCAAAGACCAUUCGAGAGCGUUGGUCAAGAUCCAGGCAACACAACUCCAGUGAGGGACGAGUGCAUGGAUCAAGGUGCCGAUUAUGUACAACAGAGCCAUGACGGUGAUGCUGCAGGUGGUGAACAUUUUGGUGAUAAUGGGCAGCAAGGGCAAACUGAAGAUUAUGGAGAUCGCGGACAAGAACAAAAUGAAGAUUUUAGAGAUCAUGAACAGCAAGGAGAGACUGAAGAGUUUGGUGAUCACGGACAGAAAGGACAUACGGAAGAAUUUGGCCAUGGUGAUCAGCAAGUCGGUGAAGAUUAUGGUCGUGAACCAGAGCAGUGCGGUGGCGACUAUGGUCAACAAGAUCAAGGUGGAGGGAACAAUGAGCAAGAGUGUGGAGCUUUGGAGCAAAUCGAACAGGCUCCUGAACCAGAAGCAGCUGCCUGUGCCGAAAAUGAAGCAGCAGAAGAAGUAGCUCAACCAAAUGCAUAGUAGUUUUGCUGUCUAGUAAAAUAGUAUAAUUUGAUUAUAUGGAUGGCAACUGAUGUUUGUUAGGUAACCUACUUACCUAACACAGAAACGUAUUGUGGUUAUGGGUAUGUCAGUUGCCUGUUUUAAUUUUCUAUGCAAUUCAAGAAGAUAAAAUUUAACUUUAUGAUAUUCAAUAAUUUGUCGUAGUAAAUAAAGUAUUGCUACCGA